ACCCUCGAUUUAACGAACAAAUUUGGCCGGUCCCAGCGACUUCGUUAAAUCGAGGUUCCACUGUGUAUAGUGGGUAGAUUCUUAUCACGGAAUUAUAUUAUUUGUCCUUGUACGUUUUUCUUCUGAGACGCUGUAGCUUUACUUCGUGAAAGCUAUACGUUUCUCCAGAAACAUUCUUUUGUUUCUUGCAGCUAUCUGAUCAAAGCUUAUGUUUCUCGAGCUCGAUGUAUAGGUUUAUUCCUCCUUUUGGUCGUUCUGGUACCACGUGAUUCAAAUGUAGCUGUUUACACGCAAUAAAAAGGCUUUGUUGGCUGUAUUGGACUGGAAAUCUACGAGACGGUUUACGGAGAAACUCGCCGAUUCGUUGCAGCUGGAUUACUAGUUUAAAAAAAAACCUACUCUACAUCCUUACUCGAAAAUCCAACUCGAAAUCCUAACUCGAAAUCCUAACUCGGAAGUUAGUUUGUCUCGACACAUGCAUAGCACAGACGAACUGGUCUGCACUGUGAAUCCUCUCGAAUAAAAUUUGAAAUCAAGUAGCUUCAAGUGGUCGUGACCGACCGGCCCUCUCUCACAAUAGCUUUGUUUUGCUGACACACCAGAUUUGAUGCGUUUCUUAUGUAGACGCACUUGAUGUUUGACGGAUAGAACGACUGAGACACCGUCUUCCUCGUUAAACAAGACCUUAGAACCGGCCCACUGCCAGAGCAGUGCGUAGACUUUACUGUUGCACUGUUCCUCCGCUCCUCUCAGUUUUCUCGAUCAAAUCCGAUCUCCGGCAAAAUAAGUAGAAUUUUCCAGCGUUGUCGCUUGAUUCAAGCUGUUUUCCUGUACUGAUGUAGACGCCUUACAUAGCCUCCAAAAAGAGAAAAGGAACACUAACAGAAAAAUGUUGACCUUAAAAACACCACAAUAUUUAAACAACUGUGUCAUGUGCUCUCGGAUUUGCAGCAGUAUGUGGUCGUAUGUUGCUAAAUGGCCGAUGGGAACAAAUACCUGCCCGGUCAAACAACAACUUCAGCUUUCGCUUUGAUCGUAAUAAGUUUUGGAAAACGAAAUAUUCCGUCCGAAAGGAAGGCGAACAUUUCAGCUUUCGAGAGGACAUUUCAAGGCGCUGUUAGCCAGAGGAACAGGCGCUGGAAGGCUCCGUUUUGUUCAGGUGAGUACAAUUUUCAUAGCUCAGUAAUAUUUUCGCUUUUGACCGCUACCCUAGCUCAGCUGGGGGUCUAGUUAAUAAUGUUAUGUUUAACAAGCUUUGCGAUGGAAGUCGGAACAUCUAUUUAUUUUACCUGAAACUGAUUUUUUUUUCUGGAAUCAAAGAACAGAGGUCUGAAACUUAAUUUCACUUAGUUUUGAAAUAGUCCGAGUGAGUUAUUUGUGUCUUUAUAAUUACGCAAGAAUCGAAAAUGCGAUUACUGACCUAGAUAAAGCGCAAAUAACUCAGCAUGGUCUCCAGGGUUUUUCAGCUAAAAAUAUUCUGAUGAUGAGUCAAGUCAGUCAAGGGAGGCAACCUUUCUUGCCAUAUUUUGUAGACGUGGGUCUGUUGCAUCAAUAAGUCGUCGUCUUUUAAACCUUAACCCGUAUAAUUCUAAACGACGCGUUUGAAGCCAUUGUACAAUUGUACAAAAUCUAAAACGAAGAGCUAUAAAGCGCAGAAUUCGAUGGUAAAUGGAGCAAAAAUUUCAAACUUCUAAUAUAUAGAGUUUUUAUGGUCAUUUUUUUUUUUUAUCGCAAAACGUACUACGACGGCACCGAAAGCUCUGAACGUCCAAGAUCGCCAAAUCCACCAAAGCUGUAGCACUGGCACAUUUAUUACUUUACUCGUGCGUUUGAUCGAUGCUUGACGUGAAUUGAAUUGCGUGCACGAAAACAACAAACACUAACAUUAAGAGUCAAAUUAAAGUUGUUUGAUUUGUCAGACGUCAUGUCAGAUGUUCUUUGGCGUAACGAAUGUAAAUUUACUCACGAUUGAUGUUACAGUUGGCAUCACGUUGCGUUUGACUGGGUUUUUCUGAAAAAUGACCGUGUGGCUAGAAUUCACAUUUUUCAAUGAACUGUCUCUUAAUGACUUCAAUGCGACAGAUCUAUUGGUGCACAUAACGCACGCAUGCUUUUCUGUGACGAUGGAGAUCUCGGCACUGCUGAUUACAUUGCUAUCGCUGUGUCCUUGGGCAUAACAGUGUUCAUUUUGGCUGCAGUAGUGUUCUUCUUGUGGCGUGCCCGAAAUAGGUCCGAAAUGGGUACAAACAACACGAGCGGACGAAACAAUCCCGCUGUUACUGGAGACAACGAGGGUGAAGUGCGUGGAAUAAGCCUGUCAAAAAUAUGAAACCGUGAACGCUUGUAGAACGCUGCAAGACUGAAGGUUUUUUGAAGCACAGCAUUCCUUACUACUUUUACUAGCUUACUUGAUUAUAGCAAGUGUGCUAUGGAUACUUUGUCAAGAUUCCUUAGUUUAACUACAACUGUAAGGCACUAGUAGAAAAACAACGACAACAACAAUAACAAUAUUAUUUAUACCGUAGAAAAAAAGAAGUAGGAAAAAAUAAAAUAAUUUUGAGGUAUUAGUUGGCAUUUUAGACCAAAGAGACUUAUGAAUUACCUCUGCUGUAAUGCAGAACUGAGCUGAAUAUUAUUUAUGUGCAAUUUACCGGUUUGUGUAGCACACAUUUCGUUGAGUUCAGUUUUGAAAUGCUUUGUAAUUUGACACAAAUCACUCAGAAGUCAGAUUGUUGUAGAUAUGUAAGAUAAUUAACUAAUAUGCUUUUGUAACUAUAAGUACUCUCAAGUGCAAUCUUCAAAAUUGUGUCAUUGUGUCACUAGAGACAAGAGCAUGUGAAAGAAUUAAAGUUCUGAUCUCUUGGUUUGUUUCUUUGAGUGAGAAACUUGUCUUAAACUGCACGACGUCACGGAAGGGGGUUGAUUGGCUAAAAAGCAACAGGACAAAAUAGAAAACCUAACAAAAGCGAAAUUAAAAAAGCUUUUUAUUCUACGAACGCCAAGUUUCAUCUCUACCAACGUCACGUCUUAUCUCUUGUAAGGUCCUCUCGCUCUUGUUUUGCUGGUCUUAAUAAGCAGGCAAUAUCAGCUCUUUAUAAGCAGGCAAUAUCAGCUCGUCUGACCGGGUACUCAGAGUUGGUUACAAAUGAACAAUCUUUCUGUUCAACUUACAUUCCUCCAGAACUAUCGUCAGUUCUCAUUGUGGUAUCAUGCAUUGCUGGGUAUAUCAUCAAGAUAGGAAGAGUGCUUUUGUAAUGCAGUGUUGAGUAAUGUAACACUGUCGCUAGAAAAGCUGGAAAUUCAAGAAUCAGUACAGCCGCUUUCAAGUGUUGGAAAUAACCCAAAAAUCUCCCAAAUAUAAGAAGUCCCAGCGAUCGAGGUCAUGCAAAAUGAUUUUUUCUUCUUGUAUGGUCGCCCCAAUUUCUUUUCUUAGGGCUGACGCACAACAACAAAAACAACUAAAAACAAACAAGGGUUAUUUCCAGCACUUUGAGGAAAGGCCAGUUUACUCAGGCGCCACACAACAGUCGAUACCACACAAAGCAUCCAUAAUCUAUAUAUGGAGCCUGAAGGGGCGAUUCAUCCAGUUCAAUCUUGAUAAUGGGCAUGAAUUCAUUCGCUGAUAUUUGCUCACUAGAAGUGGCAAGUAUUUUAAUUUCAGUCUUAAGGAAUAAAGUGUUGGAACCUAAUUUUCUUGUAUAUGCCACUAAUUAAGGUAGUUUCAAUCAUUUUCUAAGGCCUUCUUGUUCCUGAACGCCAACACUUCUUCGCCAAAUCUAAAAUUUCUGAAAUGUCCAGCGCAUUAAAGUUAGGUAUCCGGGUAGCGCGGUACGUGUAGCAACAGCUCGUUGAAAUUCAGCGUCAUAAUACUUAUGUCUAUAUUUUGCUUGUAUGCACAAGGAAUAAAUUGUUUUCCAGUUGAACUAAUUUGAAUUGUUCCAGAACGGAUUUGCGCAGUUAAUGUAUAUGUUAUGACCAUGCAACGGUGUUGAUUCUAAUUAGUUUGAAGCAACAAACGAUAAUUUCUCAGAACGACAUCUUACAAAACGUGAAAUAGUCAAGAUGAGUCGCUUGGCUAGAACACUGCUGCCGGCUUUGGCAAUAUUUUGCUUGGCGCAGCUUCGACUUACAGUGUUUGCUACUAAUGCUACAGAAGAAAAGACGUUCGAACUGGGAAGCAAUGUGACGCUUACUUGUGGAAACAUCAGCAACCUGUCUUCUUCAACUGAGUUAUCCUGGAGAAAAGGAGACAAUGUUCUCUUAAACACUACUUCUCAUAAUGAGUCUUCUUUAAUCCUAACCGACUUAACAGAGGAGGCCAACGGCUUGUAUGUCUGCAAGGCAAACUCCUCCCAGAUCCUGAAGAGUGUUCAGCUUAGCUUGGCAACAAAUGAUGAUGAAGAUGGAGAGGAGGAAAUGGAAGUUCAAGGACUCACAGAGACUGACUACACCGCCAUUGCUCUCGGGCUUGGGCUGACAGUUUUCAUUGUAGUUUCAAUGGCAAUUUUGCUUUGCCGGGCCGAGAAGCGACGAAAACAAGAGAGGUGCAUGCGAAGAUGGAAAAAAACAGCUAAGGGAAGCGAAAAUAUGGCAGUGGAAGAAGAAGUUACGAGGAAACCCAUACCGAAGAAUGACUACCACUUCAAAAAUGGAUCCGGGGCAGGACACAUGCAACCCGCGCCUGCAGGCCGGUCAGACAUGACACCAGCGGAGUAUCGCUGGUUAGAGACACUUGGAAGGGAACCAUACUACGAAGUCGAUCGCGAUAGUGAUGUGAAUAGCAUUGGAGGAACCAUGUGGGAAUCCACUGCCUACGUUUGAUUCAGUCUGAACUGACACCGAAACUCUUCGUUUUGCAUGUGAACAGACAGUGAAAGACUGAUUUUCUAGUUAGUUCAUUGACAUAUAUUCGUCAGUCGGUGUUUCCAACUGGUAAAAAUAAGUCUUAGUCGGAAUUUAGAAGUCGGGGGAGUUUGCUCAAUUUUGGGCAAAACGGUGCUGGAAUUAUGAACAAGUACUUUCGCGCAUACGCGAUCUCGUCCCCAGAUCCCGCCCGUUCUCCAUCAGCAGCUCAAAAUGAUCGCGGCCUUUUAAAUGAGAAUGAGAUUGCUGUAGUACACCAAAUGACGCAGAUGUGACUGAAUUGACCAUAAGGUAAAAAAAAAAAGGUAAAAAAUUAACAGGAUACAUAGGCUCGAUUUCCGCCGCUCUCUCGGGUCCGCGUGCCUCUCCUCCGGGGGGUGAGCGCUGGCUCAUUUCCCGAAACAGCGGCUGGUAAUCGAGCGUACAGGAUACAGAACAUUUGGAGGGAAAUUAAUGGAAAUGAGGUAUUUAGAUCAGAUAAAAUGAAACAUCGAGAGAAAGAUCAUUAUUAUUAGCAAUUGAAAUUAACGGGAUACGAGACGGGAUAGGGGAUACUCAGACCACCUCUGAAUUGCUGAAGAGAGAUUAUUAGUUUUAAACGUUUUUUUUUUUCAAGAUAAGGUCCAGUGGUCUAGUAUUAAUUAGUAAUUUUAACAAAUUCUGACAAUCAGUUUUAAAUUUCUCGCAAAGGUAUUAAAAUUGGUUUUUUGAUUUUUGACUCCUUAAAAGUCAUGUUCACAAUAGUGCUCCCUUAAAAAAAAGAUUUUUUCUAGAACGAUAUUUUACGAUAUUUUGUACAGUUAUAACACUUCUCGUUAGCCCACGUAUGCCACUAACUGUGUGUUGCCACGUGGUACAAAUUUUUACUUUAAGUUACAUCUAAUUUUUUUCAAAAUGUAUUUUUGACACAUGCGAACAUUGUAACUAUAAAGUUGUAUAUUUCAUGAGCGACGGUUAGAUACUCCUGGACUGAAUUGAAAAGGUCCGAGGAUGUUUUUCUCACAGGAUCUAAUCCGGGUGAAUCUUGAACUUAAGACCAUCCUGAAUUAUCGUUUGCAAUUGCAGCGAAUUUGCCAAACAACGGAAUUUUUUAACUAAUUGUACUGGCAUUGUAAAAUGGAAAUUAGAAACUCGUGGCAGUUUUUGAAAUAAUAUUUCGCCAAAAAAAAAAAAAAAAAAAAACGAAUAUGGUACGAAAUGUAAUUGCUCGGUUUUUCAGUCAGUUUUGCGCCAGUGUCUGUAGACUGUAAGCUCUAUUUAAUGUGUUUUGUUCCCUGAGAUUUUACACGCGGUUAGUGUCAAUAUAGUGCCGACUUUUCGGGGUAACACAGGCAAACCCUUUUAUAUAUUGUUUUAUUUUUACAAAGCAUGCCGUGGGUUUCCGUUUAAAAAGCAAUCAAUGAAUAUGGAAAUAGCAAACACUGGGAAAGCUUCCCGAGAGACAUUCAAAUCAAUUUCUGUAGCAAAUAACCAAAAGAUAUUAAAAUAAAAAGUAACUAAGAAAGA